AUGUUCCGCACCAGCGGCACUCGUCGAAUGUCAAAGCCAAAGUCAGAGUCCUUGUUCUCCGAACAAUCAAAGGGCAACGCAAGAACUGACUACUCCUCUCGGCAAGUCUCAAGUGUUUCGGCAGGAGAGACCUCUACUGAGCGAACAAGCCUCCCCUCAUCCUGUGACUUCUAUACAGAGUGUCCAGUUGAGGAGGAAGAAUCAUCUUGGAGCUUGUUCGAGGGAGAAUGGCAUGAAGACUCAAGAAAGUGCGCGCUGUGUAUGAAGCAAGAGUAUCUAGACCAGUUUGAGAACCCAUUUGACCCAUGGGAUGAAUACAGUAACCAUACUUCUGAAUCAGAAUCCACUUUGGAGUCUUGGCCAAGCACCAACAGCACUGACAGCAUCUCACCACCAGCCAGCAACUCAGAACAAACUCCUGGCUGGACUGAGUAUAGUGCAAGUCCUGAAGUUUCACAAUGGACUGGGCAGUACUCUGAUCCUUAUGAGUAUAGUGUCUCGCCAAAAAUGACAAGACUUGGCAAAUGGGAGAAAUCAAUGAUCCCAGGAGGCGAGCCAGACUUCAAGUGGAUUCUAGAAUAUACACCAGAGUAA